AACAAGAGCUUCAGAAGAGCUUUCAAACGUCAAGCAAGAUCAAAUAUGCCUAAAGUACACAUAAGUCUUUGUUUCGUCAUCUUUUUAUGUCUCUCCUUGCAAAAUUUCAUGAGAGUUAACUCACAGAGCCAAGGAUCUUGGUGUAUAGCGAACGCUCUUACUGAUAAUGAAACAUUAUUAAAGAACAUAAAUUUUGCAUGUUCACAAAUAGAUUGUGGAAUUAUUUUGGAAGGAGGUUCAUGUUAUGAUCCUAAUACUCCUCUUAAUCACGCUUCUGUCGCCAUGAAUCUUUAUUAUCAAGCUCAAGGAAGACACUAUUGGAACUGCCAAUUCGAUGGCUCUGGUCUCAUUACCGUCAUUGAUCCUAGCCAUGGGAGUUGCAAAUAUCAGUAUAAGUAAAAACAUGCAAAGCUUUGUAUUGGUUACAAAAAUAAAAUGAAUAACAGAUAGCUCUAUUUAUGUAAUUUCAUGUUUGCUAUCUAAAGUUUGUGUGGCUCGAUUUAUCAUAUUCUACCAUAUUUGAGUUUCUAUGAUUCUACUAUCAUCGUCAUAACAACAAAUUAAUACUUUAUCCAUUUACAAAAAAACUGUUAACCUUUAUAGCUUUUACCUUAAAACGAAUUAGUAAUAAACUGAUUGGUACAUAUUCUUUAUGAUUUACUUCUGAUAUGAGAUAUUACUUUUAACUUGUCUUCUCGAAAUGAUGAUUCAUGGCACUUUGUGUGCUUUAAUUACUGCUUUAUCGAUUCGGGUUAGUGAUCGAUUUUUAUAAGUUUAUGAUACAAUCCACAUAUGAAUUUAAUGUAAUGACAUAGGUAGGGUUAAUUAUGUGUUAAUGCGGUAAAAUCUAAUCUAUAUAUCUCACACACGAGCCAAGGUGGCAGCAUACGUAGACGAAUUAUAAUGGGAAAUGAAUGUGGGAAGAAGACUUGUCUUGUCACUUAGAUUAAACAUUUAUUCUGGCUUGAGUAGUUGAGUUUAUAUAUUUAUUUUUAUCAAUUUGAACUUUAUAAUAUAGUGCGUUUAAAUUAGUAAAACCAUUAUUCAAGUUCUUAGUAUAGUUGUCCAUGGUGGAGAAGAGUUUGUACUCAUUUGAGUAGUAAUUCAAAUGGUAAAUAAGAGUUACGAAGAUUGAAGAGAGUUCUUCUAAUGUUUGUAGCAAUUUUGUUUUGUGUUCUCAUUUUGAUCAAAAGAGUUUUUAAGCAAAAACAUUUUCUGUUUUGGUUAAUAAGUUCUAAGAUAAACCAACCUGAACAUAUAUAAUUCAAACUGGUUAUCUCAAGAGAAAUCAGGAAGCCGGUUCAUAUGGAGGAGAAGGUUCAGGUAUCAAUCUCAACAUAAGCCGGAGCAUCCGAAUCAAGAAUUAGCCUCUUCUUCAUAUGUCAUCUCUUACUGGAUAUUCUUCUACUCUGCAUUACACUCUGUUUCAUUAGUUGAGCAAAUCAUUGUUUUGUAAUUUUUGAUGUUUAAUCUGUCUUCAUACAUUUUCAUCUCAAGAAGAAGAAAAGUUGUUUAUCCUUCAGGCAAGCUAAAGAGUAUCUACUCUAAAUGUUCGCCCCAAUUACAGAUAUUCUUUUCUUUUAGAUUGAAAAGGUAAAUUGUAAUUAUUAUGAGUUUAGAUGUGUAACAAAAUCUAAGAUGAUACGACAAUUUGUAUUGGGUUUUUUUUUUUUGAACAACCAUGUUGGUUGUUAAAAGUUAAUAAUAACAAAUAAACUUUUGUGAAAUCUGGUAAAUAAGUAAGAGCUCUAGUUUUUUCUUGACAAAUGAUAGCUAUAUAUAAAAGUCUAUAUAAUCAUAUAGACAUAAAUACUUAAUUAAUUGUUUUGGUUUCAUACAGUUUCUAAAUAUUAUCUUAAAAUAUUUAUAGCUAUUAUCAUAAAAUAUAGAAGUCUUAAAUUUGAUAUUUGAAUUUUUCAGAAAGACUUAAUAUAAGCAAACUGAAAAACGUGAUUGCACAGACUUUAGUUUAUAUCUCCAAGAUUAGGACGACAUGUGUUGCUGAAAAAAAUGACAGUUACUUUUGUAAAGUUUUGAAAAGAGCUUAUGUUUACCUUUUGUAAUUACUUUAAAUUUAUAAUACUUAAAUGUGUUUUUUUUUGAGGUAAACGUCUCAUACAUAUAUAAGGAACUUAAAUCUAAAUGUAAAUGGCAAAGCAGAGCUGUAGAAGAGUUCUCAGACGUCAAGCAAAAUCAAAUAUGCCUAAAGCACACAUAAGUAUUUGUUUGAUCAUCUCUUUAUACUUUUCUUCGGAAAAUUUCACGAGAGUAAACUCACAGAGCCAGGGACAUUGGUGUAUAGCGAACCAUGUUAUGGAUAAUGAAAGAUUACAAAAGAACAUAGAUUUUGCAUGUUCUAAAAUCGAUUGUCGGAUUAUAAUGGAAGGAGGUUCAUGUUAUGAUCCCAAUACUCCGCUUAAUCAUGCUUCUGUCGCCAUGAAUCUUUAUUAUCAAGCUCAAGGAAGACACCAAAGGGAUUGCUACUUCGAAGGCUCUGGUCUCAUUACAGUCAUUGAUCCUAGCUAUGGUUGUUGCAAGUAUCAAUAUCGUAAGUAAGAGGAUGCAAAGCUUUGUAUUGGUUACAAAAAUAAAAUGAAUAACAAAGAACUCUAGUUAUGGAGUUUCAUGUUUUGAUAUCUAAGUUUGAAUGGUUCGAUUUAUCAUCUGCUACAAUAUUUUAGUUUUCUAUCAUUGUAAGAACAAUAAUUACUUUAUCCUUUACAAAAACUGAUGAGCCAGUUAGUAAUAAACUGACUGAUACUCUUCUACUUUGCA